CUGGUGAAGAUCAAAUGUGCUAGAAACAAGCCCACAAGUUUUUCCGUCAAGGUGCAGUGGGUGUUUCUGCUGCGUGUCUGUGACGGGGCAGUGAAGAAAGAGAGGGAGCGAGAGAGAGAGAGAGAGAAAGAGAGAGACGCUUCAGAAGUAAGAAGAAACGCUGUGUUAGCUCACAGGAAGAGGUCGUAGCUAAGUUGGCUCUUGGGUCCCGGGACAGUGGAGAGGGACGGGGUAUCUGCGAGGCUGCCUCUCGGUUGAGUGUGGAGUGUUUGUGUCGUGUCAGCAUGCUCAGCUUGGUGCAGAGCUCACAUCCCUUACGAGAAAGAGCCAAGCUGCAGAAGAGCUGUGCGAAGCAGCUGAUUUCUCUUUCCUCUACUUCCUCACAGACCGUCAGCAAGUACAAUGCGCAGUACCACAAGCUUUUCCAGAGCGUUCCCAAAGAAGAGCUCCUAAUGAAAGUUUACUCCUGCGCCCUGCUGCGAGAUAUCCUGCUGCAAGGCCGACUCUACAUUUCUCGAAACUGGCUGUGUUUCUAUGCCAACCUCUUUGGUAAAGACAUCAAGGUGGCCAUUCCUGUUGCAUCCGUGCGGUUGGUGAAGAAACAUAAGACAGCAGGUCUGGUUCCUAAUGGCUUGGCUAUCACCACAGACAGCAGUCAGAAGUACGUGUUUGUGUCUCUACUGUCCAGAGAUAGCGUCUAUGAUGUGUUGAGACGCAUCUGCACACAUCUACAGGUCAAUGGGAAGAAGAUCCUAAGCCUCAAGCAGUACAUGGAGGAACCCAACUCUUUAUCUCUAGAUGAGUUCCCUGUCCCUGAAGUUUUCCCUGUACCAGAUGAGUUUCCUCCAGUGCUGAAGUGGAGAAGGAAGCCAUCAGUUGUGUCUGUAGCUUCAUCUCUUCCUGACUUACUGGGAAACUCCACCGCCGGCCUGAGUGCCGUAGACGCCCCCUUCCAGACAGACAAACCUCUGGAGGAUCAAAGUCUGGAAACCAAGAAGAUCCUCCUAACGGAGACGAUACCAGAACUGGGCCAGAUGGAGUACCAGCUACUGAAAUUCUUCAUCCUGCUCAUUAUCCUGCUCAUCCUGUCGUCGUGUUACCUGGCCUUUCGUGUCUGCAGCCUGGAGCAGCAGCUCUCUUUCCUCAGCAACAACCCUGCACUGACUCUCAGAGAGAGGUAACUACUGACGGUCACCACUGCACUUCGCAGGGAAGUCGGUCCAGCGCUGGCGCUCUCUCUGUCUCUGUGGCCACCUUGCAACUAUGCAAACAAACUCUCUUAUGUAUUUAUGCAAAGUCCAUCUCGGAUUGUGUUAACAAUGAGCCUGACUUAGGGACAGAAGAUUGGAAGUGUUCUCAUUCUGUGUUACUGGAUACAAGAAGAAAGGACCCGACGGCCUACACAGAAUGUAGCCUGCACGCCCUGUUUAUUACAGUGAUGGAAUAUUAUAGAAGGCUCUGUUUCCACCAACAAAAUCUCUUCUUGUGGUCACUUGUCACCUAAUAAGGGCAAAUGUAUCAAUCGCUCUACAUCAAACCAGUUGAAUGACUUUCAAUAGGUUAUAAAUAUCUUGAAUAUGUAUAGCUCAGGAUCUAAUGCAGUACGUUUAGAUAAGAUUAUUUUAUUUAUUUAUUAUGCAAGCCACUUGCCAUGUCCUAGCUCUUCCAAUAGGAUUUAGUUGACAGCAUCAUGAAAAUAUCUAAUAUGUGUAUAUGGUGCGAUCAGGUCAUCAUCGGUCUUACUAUGUGUUCACAGCUUAAUUGGCUCAAGUCGGUGACCUGGGCAGAUUGUUUAUGGCAUAUUGAAUGUGUACUCAAGCUGUAGAAUUCAUGGACAAUAAAAUAGUGCAUUUUCAUGUACUUUC